UCCUCCUCCUCCUCAGGCUCCUGCAACUCUGAACGUAUACGCAACGGUACUGUAACCACUUCGCGAUCGCUGACUAUGACUGCAUUACCUUCCGUCGCCCAAGUCCGGAACCAACUACUCAUACCACCGGAGGACAAUACUGCGCUCAGCCUAUACAGCACCGUAGUCCUACCGGCGGAGAAGGCGGCGAGCAAGGCCGACCAAAUCAUGUAUGCCCGCGUCGUCGGCUACCUCUUCCUCUACUCGCCGAACAGCACGGCCUUGAGCACACUCAAGCUUGAACUCGCGUCUUGCAACAGUAGUUCAGACGACAGUGUCCGCUUUGAGGCCGUCUACGAUUUGGGUAUGGUGUACGUCAGGCAUCUCAUUUGCAUCUUCAGGAAACCGAGAGGGAAAACUCCAGUACCUUCGGACUUCCCCUCGCGCAAAUUGAAGUCCAGCCCGCGGAAUCAUAUAGAUGCCAAGAACGCUGCUCUCGUCAGGGAUGAUUACCGCUGUAUGCUGACGCGCGCGGUCGAUCUCCGUUCCCUCAAAGAUGAAGUCGCUGUUCAACGUUGGCCAGAGGAGCAGAUUAACGCCACGCAGUGCAGUCACAUCUUCCCCGACUCGCUCGACAGCACUGAGGUUGGCGAAUCCGGAGACCAGGUGCUGGCGAUGGCGUGGACAAUGUUAAAGCGAUUUGGCUACGAAGACGUGUGCCGCGAACUCAAGGCAGAUGCCAAGGGCACCAAUCUUCACCGCCUGGAGAACAUCUUGACCCUCGCACGGUCAUUUCAACACGCCUUUGACUUAAUGGACCUCUGGCUUGAAGCAAUCCCAGAUAAGGCCAAUCAUUAUCGGGUAGUUCUAGCAUCAUACAUGACGCACAAGGGCUUCGGUCUUCCGGAGAACAUACAAUUCGUCGCGCACGGCAAUCGCGACCUGCCGCUACCGAGUCCAAGGUAUCUCAGCGUCCACGCGGCUUGCUGUCGCAUCGCACAUAUGUCUGGCGCAGCCAAGCAUCUCGACGUAAUAUUUCGUGACAUGGAGGAGCUGGAUGUCUUAGCUGAGGAUGGAGCGUCUGCGGAAGUACUAACAUACGCACUUCACCAUCUUGUUACCUCUCGUGUAGCUCGUUCAUGGAGUCCCGUCUGUAAUGAAGACGUUCCUGAAACAUGACCAGUCUAUGUUUGUCCU